AUGAGGUCAGGCGAUGCAGAGAUUAAAGGAAUUAAGCCCAAAGUUAUUGAGGAAUAUUCUUUAUCUCAGGGAAGUGGUCCUUCCAACGAUUCAUGGAAAAGUUUAAUGUCGUCCGCGAAGGACACUCCUUUGCAGUAUGAUCACAUGAAUCGCGAAAGUCUAAAAAAAUACUUCAAUCCGAAUGCACAACUCAUUGAAGAUCCUUUGGAUAAACCGAUUCAGUAUAGAGUGUGCGAAAAAUGUGGGAAACCCUUAGCUUUGACAGCAAUUGUAGACCACUUAGAAAACCAUUGUGCGGGAGCAUCUGGAAAAAGUAGCACAGAUCCAAGAGAUGAGAGUACUAGGGAAACGAUACGAAAUGGAGUAGAAUCAACUGGGAGAAAUAAUAACGACGAUGACAAUAGCAAUGAUAAUAACAAUGAUGAUGAUGAUGAUGACGAUAACGACGACAACGAAGAUGAUGAUGACGCUGAUGAUGACGACGAUAAUUCCAAUGGUGCCAAUUACAAGAAGAAUGACUCUUCUUUUAACCCUUUGAAAAGAUCCACAUCUAUGGAAUCUGCGAACACACCAAAUAUGGACACGAAAAGAUCGAAAACUGGGACUCCUCAAACCUUCAGCUCUUCCAUAAAAAAACAAAAGAAAGUCAAACAAAGAAACCCAACUGAAAAGCAUUUAAUUGAUUUCAACAAACAGUGUGGUGUAGAGUUGCCGGAAGGUGGUUACUGUGCACGUUCGCUGACAUGUAAGUCCCAUUCAAUGGGUGCAAAGAGGGCUGUCUCUGGUCGUUCCAAGCCCUACGACGUCUUGCUAGCAGAUUAUCAUAGAGAACAUCAAACAAAAAUUGGUGCAGCUGCUGAGAAACGUGCUAAGCAACAAGAAUUACAAAAAUUACAAAAGCAGAUACAAAAAGAGCAGAAAAAACAUACUCAGCAACAGAAACAAGGUCAAAGGUCUAAGCAAAGAAAUGUGAAUGGUGGGAAAUCAGCCAAAAAUGGUGGUAAGAGUACUGUACACAAUGGUAACAAUAUCAAUGAGAUAGGACACGUUAACCUAACUCCUGAAGAGGAAACAACACAGGUUCUAAAUGGGGUAUCCCGAUCUUUCCCACUGCCACUAGAGUCAACGGUACUAUCGUCAGUUAGAUACAGGACUAAAUAUUUUAGAAUGAGGGAAAUGUUUGCUUCCUCCUUUUCUGUGAAACCAGGAUAUACAUCUCCAGGUUACGGUGCGAUCCAUUCUCGUGUAGGAUGCUUGGAUUUGGAUAGAACAACAGAUUACAAAUUUCGUGUUAGGACUCCACAGCCAAUUAAUCACCUCACAAACCAAAACCUCAAUCCGAAACAAAUACAAAGACUACAACAACAGAGAGCUCUACAGGCUCAGCUUCUUUCUCAACAACAGCAACAGCAGCAACAGCAGCAGCAACAUCACUCACCCCAAGCGCAGGCCCAGGCCAGUACCCAACAACCUACUCAAGGUAUGGUGCCCAAUCAUUUCCCCGGCGGGGCAACGAAUUCAUCAUUUAAUGCCAAUGUGUCGAGCAAGCAAAUUCAGCAGCAGCAGCAGCAGCAGCAGCACAAGUCUCAAGACACAGGUCUCACGCCGCUGGAGAUACAAUCACAACAACAAAAACUACGACAACAACAACUACAACAACAGAAGUUUGAAGCUGCUGCUUCAUAUUUAGCCAACGCUACCAAAUUAAUGCAAGAAUCAAAUCAAGAUAGCCAUUUAUCUGGCACCCACAACAAUAAUAGUAGUAAAAACGGUAACAAUAACCUCAUGACGAUGAAAGCCUCCAUAAGCUCUCCCAAUACUAGCGUAAAUAGUAUCCAAUCUCCCCCUAGUGUCAACAGCGUCAAUGGCUCCGGGCAAGGUGUAUCUACCGGUAUUAAUGUCUCUGGCAAUAACGGGAGAAUUGAAGUAGGUAUUGGAAAUUCUGUGAACCCCUACAAUGGCAGAAUAAAUUAA